AUGGAUCCAAACGUUGAACCUUGGAUUUAUCCAAUGUAUUAUCCACAUGGUACGCCAGGUUGGCACGAUAAUAUUAAACAAAUUAAUGGAAAACGUUUGAGAGUUGAAAAGCAUCAGGGACUAAUCGAUUAUUUAGAAAAAAAAGCGACUGAUGCUAAUGCUCGUGUUGGACGAAUAAUGAUACUUCCAUCAACAUUUAUUGGUUCACCUCGAAAUAUGAUGCAAAAUUAUCAAGAUGCGAUGGCUAUUAAACGUGGUUUGCCGCAUGUGCAUAUAUUAGUAACUUUAAAACAACAAUGCAAAAUUAUUAAUUCGGAAACCGUUGAUAAGUAUAUUUCUGCUGAAAUUCCGGAUCCUGCUAUUGAUCAAAAUUUGCAUGAAAUUGUCAUGAAAAAUAUGAUUCAUGGACCAUGUGGUAAUUGGUGUAUGGUAAAUGGAAAAUGUUCAAAGCAUUUUCCAAAAUCUUUUCACGAGGAAACAACUAUGGAUGAAAAUGGUUAUCCACAAUACCGUCGAAGAGACACUAGCAUUUUGUAUGAGAAACCUGGAGGAUUUGUAGUAGAUAAUCGAUUUGUUGUUCCUUACUGUCCAAUAUUAUCAACAAUUUUUAAUUGUCAUAUUAAUGUUGAAGUUGUUUCAAGUAUCAAGUCAGUAAAGUAUUUAUAUAAAUAUAUUUACAAAGGUCACGAUGCAGCAUCUGUAGUUAUAGAAGAAGAUGUGAAUAAUAUGGAAAUUGUUCAUGACGAAAUCAAAGAUUUUAUUGAAGCACGUUAUGUAGGACCAGUUGAAGCUUAUUGGCGUAUUGUAAAUAAAAUAUUGCAAGAAAAAAGUCAUGCCAUCAUUCGUUUACCUGUACAUUUGCCAAGUGAACAAAAUGUAAUUAUCUCUGAUCAUUUAAAUGAACAAGAUUUACAAUCUGCUUUAGAACGUAUAACAAUGUUAAUGGAUUAUUUUGAAUUAAAUAAACGAGAUGUUGAUGCACACCAAUAUGUAUAUACAGAUAUACCUUUAUAUUACGUGUUCAAGAAAGUAAUUCUUGAUGGAAAACAAAUUAGUCGUUGGGAAAAACAUCAGAGUAAAUUUAAUUGUAUUGGACGAAUGUACUCAGUUAGUCCAACUGAAAUUGAAUUAUUCCAUUUACGUAUUCUUUUAUUGAAUAUUAAAGGAGCAACAAGUUAUAAUGCUUUAAAAACAGUUAAUGGUGUAUUACAUCAAACAUUUACUUCUGCAUGUUUGGCUUUGGGUUUAAUUGAAGAUGAUGAUGAAUGGAAACGUGCAAUUAGCGAAGCUUCUAUAUAUAUGGAUGAUGCCAAGACAACUUAG